CCAUGAUGAUAGAAUACCAGUAAAGUUAUUCCUCAUAUAUAUCCAUCAUAACAUAAACAACCAAUGAACCGAUAAGCCGCAAUUGAUUCGUUUUCAGCCAGACUUGAGCUUCUAUAUCAUACUCGAAACCCACAUAUCCCUCCUUGCGGACAUGAGUCUGGAUCGCGAAGAUCAAGUCGGCGAGGAGAAGCCAGACAGUCUACACAAAACAACACUACCCAUGAUCUCUCAUUUGUCCUCAACACCGACUAAUACGGUAGAGGCCUCACCGUCCUUCCUGACCACAGCCAAAAUCAACCUCACCGAACCUGUUUUUGCAGCAUUUAUUGCCGGCGGUGUCGCGGGUGCUGUUUCUAGGACAAUAGUGUCCCCUCUUGAGCGGCUCAAAAUACUUUUUCAGGUUCAAGGCGUUGGCCGAGAGGAAUACAAGUUAUCGAUAUGGAAAGCUCUGUUGAAGAUGAAAAAAGAAGAAGGAUGGAGAGGUUUUAUGAGAGGCAAUGGCACGAAUUGCAUUCGCAUUAUCCCAUACUCCGCUGUGCAAUUUGGAAGCUAUAAUAUAUUUAAGAAGUUUGCAGAGCCUCACCCCCAUGCCGAUUUAUCACCGGUGCAGCGUCUCGUUUGUGGAGGUCUAGCGGGAAUUACAUCAGUCACCAUCACAUAUCCGCUCGACAUUGUCCGAACGCGCCUGUCAAUUCAGUCGGCGUCAUUCGCGGCGCUUGGCAAGAGGGGCGCAAAUGAGAAGUUGCCAGGCAUGUUUGCCACCAUGGCAUUGAUGUACCGGGACGAAGGAGGGUUUAUCGCCUUAUAUCGUGGUAUUGUCCCUACGGUUGCAGGGGUUGCUCCCUAUGUGGGGCUUAACUUCAUGACCUACGAGUCCAUUCGACGAUAUUUGACUCCAGAAGGAGACAAAAGCCCUGGGCCACUUCGUAAAUUGUUAGCAGGUGCUAUUUCUGGUGCGGUCGCCCAGACCUGCACCUAUCCAUUUGAUGUUCUGCGACGUCGAUUUCAAAUAAACACAAUGUCUGGAAUUGGUUACAAGUAUACUUCGAUAUGGGAUGCCAUCAGAGUCAUUGUAACAGAAGAAGGUUUGCGAGGUCUUUACAAAGGAAUUGUCCCUAAUUUAUUGAAAGUUGCUCCGAGUAUGGCCAGCAGCUGGCUGAGCUUCGAGCUGACUCGAGAUUUUAUUGUUGGGUUAGGGAAUGAUCAACAUCUCACAUGA